GGCCCGCAGCAGCCGUUCGGCGUAGCAGGGCGAGAAGGGGGCGGAGCCCGCCGCGUGCCCGGAAGCGCUCAAUUCCCUCUGCUGCCUUGAUGUGGCGCGUGCGAAGAGCUAAGAGCGCGCGGCCCAGGGGUGUCUCGUUGGUAGCUGGGUCCUUUCCCCCACCUGGCCCCUCCCCGGCCGCCGCCGUGAGUUGCGCGAGGCAAAACGAGAGCGAGUCCGUAAGGGCCGGUCUCGCAGCCGCCAUCUUGGCCCGGGCCUAAGGCUCCGCCCCGCGUCUCGCCGGUACUCUGAGAGAGCGGAACUGGAAGAGGGGGGCGUGGCCAGGCUGCUCCUCUGAAUAGCGCCGCCGCAGUUAUCUUGCGAGUCGGAAGUUGAAGUUCUAGAUUCUGGAACUCGGGUACUUGCACAGUCGCAGAAGAUAUGGCGAGAAUGGUAUUUAUCUGUGUGAAAGUAAGAGGCGCGUGCGGUGCAUGCUGGGAUAUGUAGUCGGCGCCAAGCUUUGUGCAGUUUAGGUGGGUGAGAAACUCCUCCCAGGGCCGAAGAGUGAGCUGUUGCUCCUAGAAUCAGACGCCCCGCUGUGGUGUCUUAGUGCUGCCUUUGCUCCCCAAUGUGACUUAGCUACUUCGCUCCCGGAACGUCCUUGUCAGCGACGUUCAGAUUGUCUUGACAACUCUCAAGCGAGGUGAUUGAUCAAUGGCCCCGAAAACCACACUGACCGACUUGCAGAACCCCAAGGCGUUUUAAAAGUGCUAAGUUCCCAGCAGAAAGGUCUCGCUAAGCGAAUGAAAGAGUUAAACCUACCGGGAAAGUUCGCUCCUGCUUCCUAGAGUCUCUCGAGCUUGGAGACCUUUCCGUUUCCGGUGCUAGCCUCCAAGCCUCCAGUGCCCCUUUCUCCAACUGUGCUGAUGAGUUAGACGGGUGACAUUUAGGAAACCGAGCGCUUUUCGGUCGCAAUGGAGAUGACCAGGGAGAAUCUAGAUGGGGCGAAGCUGCUGGAGAACCCGACAUCAAAAUUCCCGAGAGCCCCCAGGUCGCCCCUGGAUCGCGAGGCCAUGCUACAUGAGCGCCCCCUCCUGGCGCGGCCGGAACAACCAGCCCCCGAGGAAAAAUUGCUGGACCUGCAGUACUUAUGUAGGUCAGGCUCUGGCCCCCAGGAAGAAGCCAGUGAUCCUGCAGGUCCCAAAGCUUUCAAGUGCAGGAAUUGUGGGCUGGCUGUACCCAGCCUCUCUGACCUCAUUCACCAUCAAAGCAGCCAUGGGUGUGACCGACCUUACAGCUGUCCAGAGUGUGACAAAAGCUUCCGGCGUGGCUCAGAUCUGGUUAAGCAUUACAGAGUUCACACCGGUGAAAAACCAUACCCCUGCCCAGAAUGUGGUCGUUGCUUCAGCCUCAGCUCUAAUCUCACUAAACACCGGCGUUCUCACUCAGGUCUCCGGCCUCAUAAGUGCAUGGAGUGCGGAGAGGCCUUUGGUCGCAGUGCAGACCUAGCAAAACACCAGCGGGUACACACUGGGGAAAAGCCCUAUGCUUGUGCUGAGUGUGGUAAGACUUUCAGGGUUAGCUCCAACCUGAUCCAGCACCAGCGUACUCACACUGGUGAGAAACCCUACCGAUGUGGACUCUGUGGCAAGAGUUUCAGCCUGAGCUCUAACCUUUUACAGCACCAGCGCUGUCACACAGGUGAGAAACCCUACUUCUGUGCCUGGUGUGGAGACAGCUUUGGGCGCAGUUCCUAUCUGCUGGAACACCAGCGUUCACACACGGGUGAGAAGCCCUACAAUUGCUGUGAGUGUGGCAAGAACUUCACCAACAGUUCAAACUGCCUAAGGCACCAGCGCACUCACAAUGGAGAACCACCCUUCAGGUGUCUUGAAUGUGGACGUGGCUUUAGUGAGAUCACCAUGUUCACUGAACACCAGCGCAUCCACUUGAGCAAGUGACCUUUACAGAAUGUGGCAGAUAUCUUACCCUGCAGCUCCAUCAACGUUCACACAUGGGCAAGAAACCCUAGAAGUUUCCUGAUUGCAGCUAGUAUUUUGUGGACAACACCAGCAUAUGCACACAGGCAAAAUCCUUACAUUUGCAGGAAGUUUGCCAAGAGCUUCAGUCAGAUUUCCCACUUGCUAUUCUACCAAGUGACCCACAUUAGCAAGAACAUCUCCAUCUGCCCAUAAUAUGGCAAAGCCUUUGCCUAUAACUCUUAACCUUGUCUAGCAUCAAUGGAUGUUCCAAAAUGAGAGCUUCUGCAGUUAUCCCUGGCUUCAAUUUUAGUCCAAACUUUGUCUCUGUUUUUUGUUCAGUCCUGAGAAGCCUGAAGGGACCAGGUUUUUUGUUUUUGUUUGUUUGUUUGUUUUUUAGCAGACCUCUUUUCUGCAUCCCUAAGGUGACUUAAGUAAUAGGGCUCACAAAUGGCAUCUGGGUUGAGUAGCCAUAGGCCAGACAAACAGCACUACAGCUCUGUCUACCUUCAGAGAAACAAGAUUUAAACAAACACACACACAAGUCCUGUUCUCUGAGAUUUCAUUCAGAAUCUCCAUUAGCUAGAGGGAAGUUUUUAGGUGCUCAAAACCACAUAGCUCUUGCCUCAGCUGGAGAUAGGCUAACCAUAACAAAAGCAACAACUACUUUUUCUCUGGAGGAAGAGGAUUAUAAGCAAGGCAAAGUCCAUGUGAGGACUACAGUAGCCAGAGGUUGGAGGACCAGGGGGGUUGAUAAAAGGAUAUGUUCUAGCAAAAGGACUGGAGAAUUUGACCUUGGGAUUGUUACAUAAACUCUGGGUAUAGGAUCUCAUUUAACAAACUCUUCACCACUGAUUAACUGUCUUUGCUGUUUACACUAGGGUGGUGGAGACUAAGGUAGAAACAAAGAAACAGACGUUGAGUUCAGGAUACUUUAUGGUAUUUCUAGGCAGGGGCAAAGGCCCAAGAUUUGUCAUCUGGUUCUUUUCUAGUCUUCAAUCCCUUUCCUUAAAAAUCCUCCUGACCUCCUCACCCUCCUUUCCUUACUCUCAUCAGUGGAAGAGUAGUGACGACUUCUGGACUUUGGAGAUUCAGUGUGGCCUUCUUGUCUGAUAUAGAAGAGGUUGCCCACACAUGUACUUCUGCUAGCAUUAUACAUGGGAGUCACGAGGUUUCCCAGAGCACCACAUAGUCUUUGAUCCUAGCAGAGUCUGAGCAAUGAGGGACUGCUUGUUUUCCCGAGAUGUGCACUUGUGUGCACCACAUGCAUACAAGUGUCUCCUCAACCUUUUGUGACAGUCCAUUCAUCCUUAACUGCAGACUCCAGGCCCCCUGCCCCCCAAUUUUGCUGCCAUUUAUCAAGCUUGCUGUAUCUAGAACUGUGUCUAUAUAGAGUAAGAGGCUAAAAGAGGAAGAGUAUCAGGUUAACCAGCCUCAGUUUCUAAGUGACUAGGUUUGUCUCUAGUUGUGUGACUCAUUAUUUUUUUCUGGCUCUUAGUUUCUUCAUCUGUGAAAUGUGCAGUCUACCUCACCAGGCUGUAAAUAUUCCAUGGAUAUACCUACUUUCAUGAAAUCCCUGGUUAGGGGAAUGGCUUAGUAAGCCUCAGUUCUCAAAUCUGGAAUCCUGCUGAUUGUAUCAUUCAGAAAGCAUCAUGACAAUUCAUGGAUCACCUUCUAAGAUUGUAGAAAUGAACUAGACACUCCUGGAGUAGCCUAUUUCCCAAUAAAGGCAAUGGGACAGUAAUAACAGUAAAUGAUGCUGGCAUUGGAGAUAGGUUGUCACCUGGAGUAAAUCUGAAAGGCAUGACCUAGGUGAUACCUCGUGAACAGCUCUGGCUCUUUAAACUGUGUAAGGGAACCUUACUCCAAGCAGGAGUAAGUAAGUAAAUAAAUUCUUGAUGUGUUUCCAUCAACAGUACUUCAAAGAACACAACCUGGGGGCGGGUGUUGAGUUGAAUAUCUGAUCAUAGCAGAUACAUAGUUGGCACUCAAUAAGUAGUUGUUAUGGUUUGGUUCUGUUUAUACUGCUUACUAUUUGGCCUUUGGCUCUGUUACAUUCAGUGAGUGGUAUGCCCAUACCUGCAUAUAUGUGUUAGGCAUAUCGCACAGGUUAGCAUUAAAGCCAAAUCUCCUGGGGGAACUGAAAGCUAACUUGUCACAUUAUAUAGUAGGUAUCUCUGGACCUAUUCUCUAAUUGCAGGGAAAACAAUAGCAACAGCAACAAACUUUCAGGCUGAACCUAGAAAUAGGUCUCAAAAGUAGGAGGAAUAGGCUUGAUCCAACAGAUAACAUUACUUAAGCAUUCGACCAGCUUUAGGCCAGAAAUGCCAAACAUUUGUCUAGCCAUGUCUAUGUUUGUUUAAACUGAUGGAAAAUUUCAAUCAAAUUGUACAUUCAAAUUUAGAUUUCUACUUUUCUGUUUAUGUAAUUGAAGAGAAGAUUCACCGAUGUUUGAUCCUUUUUCUUUUUAGGAUUUAUUCAUUUGUAUUUAUGUGUUCUGCCUAUGUAAACUUGUGUGCACCAUGUGUAUAUGGAUGUCUCUGGUGGCCAGAGGGGAUUGGAUUCCCUGGAACUGGAAUUACAAGCAUUGGUAGCCUGAUGUUGAUGCUGGGGACCAACCUCAAGUCCUUUGCUAGAGUUGUAGGCAUUCUUAAUUGCCAACCCAACAUAAGAUCUUUAGAGCAAUGGUUUGUUCAGUAGUGGCUAUUCCAUCAUUCCUAUUGUAUUUCCGACUCAACACAAGGACUUCUUAUUACUCAUCUGACCCUGCAGAAGCCACUGGGGCUUAUAAUACCCAAACACUAUCAUGAAUAAGGACUCUUCACAGAAUGAAACCAAAAUGUCCCUUUACCCAUUUGUAUCCUCACCCUACUAAUUUUCUUUCUUCCCAUUCCCUAACACUGCUCAGUGACUGACUUGUCAUCCUCUGAGUCUGCCCAUCUCCCUGCAUACCUUCCCACCCAGGUUAUCACCCCUUAAAGCUUCCUUCUCUUUCUGAAAGAGGAC